AUGGCGCUUUUCCUGCUAUCGCCCGUGUGCUCCGCGCUGAGCGAUUCGGGCGUGCGGCUUCCGUCGUCGUCGUUAAAGGGAAAGGUCAUGCCGACUGGCUCGCAAGUGUGGCCCGCCAUCGGAGGCACCGCCGGCUUCCACCGCGGAGCGGGCCGGCUCGGAAAGAAACGCGCUCGGCUGGUCCCCGCGGCCUCCGACUCGAUGUUCCUCGACGAGGCUGCGGCGCUGAAAGCACUCGACUUUCCGCUCAGCGAGGCUGAGCUCAUCUCGGCGGCAAAGGCCUUUCUCUUCUAUGGCCAGGGCACCGAGAAGCCGGAGCUUCUCGCGCCCGAGUAUGUCUUCAUGGGGCCGUACGUUGGAGGCGCGGACGGGCUCCCUCGCGACGAGUACUUGAAGGCAGUCGGCGGCUUCGACCUCAAGGCGGCGGCCCUGCCCAGCAUUGCCGCCUUCCCCGACCUGAACCCGCGCUUCCACCACUUCCGGGCCGACCCCCUCGACGCGGGCAGAGUCUGGUUCACGAGCCAGGCGAGCGGCACCGACGGCGCUGCCAGCGGCACCGACAGCGGCAGCGGCUUCCUCGGCGGCAAGCCGACCGGCAAGGCGUUCAGCACUCCGCCGCAGGCUUGCUCGCUCAAGUUUGACGCCAGUGGACUCGCCAUCAAGUACACCAUCGGCCACGUGAUGGAGCGAUCGCUCGGCAACACCGGCGGGCUCGGCGGCGUCGUUGGCCGCACCCGCUCUGUCUUCUCUGUUGACAAGCCACUCGGUUGGUUAGGCGGCCUCGGCGGCAUCUUCGGCCCCGCCUACGCGAUCGGCAGGCCGUUGCCGUUCCCUGAGGCGCGUCCGUGGAGGCCGUCGAAGCGCUACCGGCUGCUGCAGGCCGCCAGCCAGCUCGCCACUUCAAUCUCGGCCGAUCUCGGCUAA